AUGCAGAUCAUGUCGCUUCGAGAACUUGUCGUGCUCUUCGACACACAACUGCAGCAGCUGACUCUCUCAUACCUCGCAGGCGGGUUCUUCGCGCUGCAAACGACAGUUGUGUCCAUCGCCACUCUGGUAGUGUGCAGCUCUCUUGCUCUCGCCACCAGCAGCGGCGCCGGUAGCUCCGCAGUGCUCUUCACUCAAACCCCGCUUCUCUUCACGAGCUUCACAUCAUUUGUCUCCCUCUCGGUGCUCACGUUAAUGAUAUUGACGCUGUUCUACCGGGUGGUGGGUGGGAGCUUUCUCUACUCACCUCGAGAGACUCGGUACGUGGUGGACUGGAUCCUCGACACCAUCUCUCGGCCCGCUAUGGAGGAAACCGUGCGCCUCCUGCUUUCGCCGAACAAGCGCCGUGAGCGCUGCAUAUUCUUCACGGGUCUGUGUCUCGUCGGCGAGGUCGGCAAAUUACUUUCGUUUUGGUCUCUCUGCACGUUGGUGUCGAUGGUCUGGUGUGGAUGGAGCGUGCGGCGUACGUGGUACCAGCACCAGUGGGCGGGUUAG